AUGACGGCAUCUGAUUUGCGAGCGGCAUUGAAGUGCACCAAGGUUUGCAGACAUUGGAAGGUAGGUACAUGCAGCAAGGGCACUGGGUGCAAUUUCGCACAUUCAGAUUUGGAGUUGCGCGAGCAGCCGAACUGGACGAAGACCGAACUUUGCUUCCGUUUUAUGUCGAAGGGUCGCUGUGGCAAGGGCGCCUCCUGCUCCUUCGCCCAUGGUCGAGGGGAACUCCGCGGCUCCACGGCUGCGGCACUCCCAAGAGCUCCAGAGCGUCGAAAGGGUCUCACCGAGCCAAUGAAGGUGGACAUUCAUCGAGUGUCCGACCAGACCACGGCGUGGGACACAUGGACACAGCUGCCCUUCCGACCGCCACCGGGCCUCGAGCCACCGCCUUUCAUCUUCAGCCUAGUGACCGAUGUCAUUGGGUUCUCGGAGGAACUGGUGAAGCAGAAAAGAUCAAGCUCAAAGACUUGGUGUGUCGUGCGAGAACGACUUCGACUCCCUCAGCAUCGCUUCAACCUCGUUUCCCUGCACUCCUCGUGUUGA